AUGGGUCGAAGAAAAAGUUCAAUUAUGAAACCAAAACCAAAAAAAUUACCAAAAUUAGACAAAGAAUUUGAUUGCCCUUUUUGUAGCCAUUCGAAAGCUGUUAAAGUUGAACUCCGUGCGGUGUCUCGAUUAGAUGAGGGUAUAGAUGUCUAUGGGGACUGGAUAGAUGCAUGCAUUGCUGCUAAUGCUGCAGCAGCAAAAGAAGCUAAGGCUAAAUUAGAGAAAGGUACUCAGCAGCAGCAGCAGCAGCAGGUGGUGCAACAGCAGCAACAGCAGCAAGUGCAGCAGCAGCAGCAGCAGCAGCAGCAGCAGAGUCUUAAUAAUAAUAAUAAUAUUGAUAGUAUAAGAAAGAAAGAGGGAAAAAAUAAAGGAGACAAAAAAAUAAUAAAAACAAUAAAAGGGGGACACCUAAAAAGAAAAAGAGGAAAAGAAGAGGAGGAGGAGGAGGAGGAGGAGGAGGAGGAAGAAGAAGAAGAAAGUGCAGGAGACAGCAGCAGCAGCAGCAGCAGCAACAGGAGCAGCGAAGAUGAAGGUACACCAAAGAAAAGACUAAAAAAAAGAGGAAGAGACAGUAGCGAGGAGGAGAGAGAAGAAGAAGAAGAAGGAGAAGAAAAGGAGACAAAUAAAGGGGACACAAUAAGACAAGAAGAAGAAGGAGAAGGAGGAGGAGGAGGAGGAGGAGGAGGAGAGGAGGAGGAGGAAGAAGAAGAAGAAGAAGAAGAAGAAGAAAAGGAGACAGGAGGAGACACAAAGACACAAGAAAAUAAUAAUAAUAAUAAUAAGGAGACACAAGACACGCAUGCAGCAGUAGGGGGAUUAUUAGAGAAAUAUAGGAGGGAAGAAGAGGAGACAGAUGAAGAAAAAGAAGGAGACAGUAAUUUAUUUAAUGAGGAUGAUUAA